AUUACAGUAAUCCCAAAAAAGAUAAGAUUUUACGAGUAUUUGCACAUAAUCUUACAUUGGAUGGCAUCACCUGAUUGACCCCCCAUAUAGGGGUCAGUGGACUAGAUCCAAGACCUAGACACAAUUAAGUCAGAGUUAAUUGCUCUUCAGGUCUUGGGUUUGGCCUGAAUCAUCUAGUGAUAAUCCUUGUCCUACGAACCAAGGAUCCAAUGCUAACACGUUUCAAGACCCAACCUGGAUUCUGGUUCAAGCCUGAUCCGGAUCAAAAUUAGUUGAGUCGAAUUUAAGUCCAAAUGAAGCUCCAAUUAGAUACAAGCCUCUGCGCAUGAUGGCGUCGGCUACCUGGUGGAUACGCGCGGACGCACGAAACGGGUGGCUUGAUUUUUAGCCGGAUCACUUUUUUACCCUGUAUUCUGUUCUUUCCGGAGCCCCAAUUCUGCAAAAAUGACAAAAUGGUCCCCAUACGUUACGAGAGGAAAGGCUGCCAAGAUAACCGCCGUUUUCUGCCGGCUUUUUAGCUCAAAGGCAGCCAACUGCCCUCCAUCUUCUUCCCGUACCAAAGAUCAAAAGCACCAAGGAAAAAAUGCGUUUCAAUGGCACACCAUCAUCCGCAACAGUGCCAUUAAUGGCUCCCCACCUCAAGAAACCAUUGCUCUUUUCCAGCAGAUGUUCAGAGAAGGCGUCCUUCCUAAUGCUUCCAUAUUGCCGCUCCUUCUCAAGGCCUGCGCUGCCCUUUCUGAUCCGUAUAUUGGACAGCAAAUCCAUGGCUUCAUUGCGCAGCUUGGGUUUGAGUCUGAUACAUUUGUUGUGACGGCAUUGAUGGACAUGUAUGGCAAAUGCAGCCGUCUGGAUGACGCGCAAGAAGUGCUCGAUGGAAUGCCCAGAAGAGAUUUGGUUGCGUGGACGACCCUUAUUUCUGCCUUCUCUCAUAAUGGUUGUCUUGCUGGUGCGUUCGCUAUGUUUUCUCGGAUGCAAAUGGAAGGCAUCCAGGCUGACCUCGUGACAGUUGCCAGCCUUCUUACUGCUUGCAGAUCGUUGGAUCAUUUGCCCCAAGGUGCUUCAGUUCAUUGUUUGAGUAUUAAAGUUGGAUUUGGAGGAGACAUUUACAUCAAAGUUACACUGGUAGACAUGUACUCGAAAUGUGGAAAUCUAGAGGAUGCCGUGAAUGUUUUUAACCGGAUCGACGAAAAGGAUGUGGUUUCGUGGAAUGCAUUAAUCGCAGGCUUCUCACGGAAUGGAGAAGUGAAACAGGCUUUGGCUAUGUUUGAGGCGAUGAAGUCUGUCAAAACAGUGUUCCCUAACCGCAUCACUCUGCUUAUAGUUAUACCAUGCUGUGGAAAUCUGGGUAGCUGUGAGACGGCAAAAUGUGUGCAUGGUUAUGUGGUUAAGCAGAAUUUCUCAAAUGGAACCUAUUUGGAUGAUGUGGCACUUGCCACUGCAUUGGUAGAUAUGCAUUCUAAGUGUGGCAAUUUGGAGCUUGCUCAUGCGGUAUUCAACAGAAUCAAGAGAAAAAAUGUGGUCUCUUGGAGUGCUAUGAUCGGUGGUUAUGAGCAGGCUUUGAUGCCUGAGAAAGCUUUGCAGCUAUUUCAUGAGAUGUUGGCAGUGGAAGGUGCAAUAAGACCCAAUGAGAUCACCAUGAUGGGUGUUCUUUCAGCAUGUUCACAGUUGGGGGCUUCACGUAAGGCAAAACUGUUGCAUGGCUAUGUAACAGAGAUUGGUUUGGGAUCAAAUUCUCAGGUACAAUCAGCGGUUAUUGAUAUGUAUGCCAAAUGUGGUAACAUAGAAAUAGCUAGAGAAAUUUUCUCCGAAAUGAUGGAGAAAAGUGUGGUCUCAUGGAGUGCAAUGAUAGGGGCGGAGGGAAUGCAUGGAGGGGGAAGAAGAGCUCUUGAACUGUUCAAAGAAAUGGUGCAACAUGGUUUGCAGCCAAAUGAAGUGACCUUUAUUUCCUUGCUAUCUGCUUGCAGCCAUUCUGGUCUAGUGAACGAAGGAUACAAAAUUUUCCGUCAAAUGGAGAAGGAUUAUGGCAUUAAACCAGCAUUAAAACACUAUGGUUGCAUGGUUGAUAUCCUUGGUCGUGCUGGCAGACUAGAUGAAGCUUAUCAACUUAUCAAGAGCAUGCCGAUGGCAGCAGAUGCUGGUGUAUGGGGAAGCCUGCUUGGCGCUUGCCGUCUUUAUGGAAAUUGCAAGCUUGGCGAGCUUGUUGAAAAACAAAUUCUGUUGUUAAAUCCAUACAGCAUAGGCCAUCGUGUGUUGCUAGCAAACAUGUAUGCUGCAGCAGGAAGAUGGGAUGAUGUUGUGAGGACGAGAGUAUCUCUGAAAGACCAAGGAUUAAAAAAGGUAGCAGGCUGUAGUUUCAUUGAGAUUAAAAACAAAAUUCAUAAGUUCACUGUGGAAGAUCGGACACAUCCUGAUGCAGAGAAGAUUUUUAGGCAACUAACGACCUUGGACCUUUUACUAAAAGAUGCCGGUUACGUGCCAAAUACAGCAGUUGUAGCAUACAAUAUAGAUGAGAAACUAAAAGAACACAUAAUCAUGUACCACAGUGAGAAACUGGCUAUUGCUUUUGGGAUUCUUAAUACCAGAAGAGGAGAGAAGAUUAGGAUCUCAAAGAAUCUGAGGAUCUGUGACGAUUGUCAUACAUAUUCAAAGCUGAUUUCAAAGGUUAUGAAGCGUGAGCUUGUUAUUAGAGAUGCAUACCGAUUUCAUCAUUUCAAGGAAGGGUCUUGUUCUUGCAGAGACUACUGGUGACUUCUUACACUUGAUAUGGUCAUCCUAAUUCGGGAUGUAGACUUGAAUUUUCUGUGAAGUUUAAGAUGCUGGGUCUUGGGCACUUUGAACGUAGGCCCUUCAUGAAGUAAAAUAGCUUCAGCGUACUGGACGGCACAUUGUGGAUGGACCUAACUUCCUGAAGGUGGUGCUCUAGAACUCAGACUGGAGAUGUAACUGCCCAUGCACUUGACCAUUUCCAUUGAGCAAUGGCCUCUUGCCUGGAUGCAGAAUGCAAGUAAACGUGAUGCUGUAGAUGUCAUCAGCGCCCAGUCCAAAUAUCAAUCUUUAUGGCUUUGUGACCAAUUAUAUAUCUGAAAGCUUCAUGAAAAUACUUUCGGGGAUUCGGUAUAUGAAGAUCCCAAGGAAGUGUGGCCUGGGAUUUGACAUGAGCAACUAGUUUCGUGUCCUGGAUUUGGAACGCUGGAUUACAGGCGCCAACGAGAGCCUGUUGAUUCCUCUACAUCGCCCUGCAGGUAAUGCCUUUCUAUGCGAGAUAGAUUAAAACAGGUUGGCAAUCCGCUUGCCAAUAGAUUCUAUGUUUGCCAUUAGGAGGAGGAGAAACAACUUUCACAACCUUAUAGGAUGCAAAGUAGCCAAAUGCGUGUGGGAAUAGAUUGAGAGAGUUUGGAGGAAGUAGAGUCCCAUGGCAAUCUCUUUACAAAGAAUUUCAGAUUUGGUGCUGGUGAAGCUCCAGCCAAAGGGGCUGCGAAGCUGCUGGUUUUCCACCUUCCACAUUGUAGUAUGGAAGCUGUGGUAGGCUAGAUAUCAGGUGGCGCAUGGGCAUAGAAAUUCCAUUUCAAGCAUGCAGACCAGGAAAAGAAUUUGGAGGACAUGUCAGGAUAUGAUCCAAGGUCUCUGAGUGGAUGAAAGAGGUAGGAAGCUACUUGAGAUUUAGAAAGCAACGGGCGCCAUGUAAUAACAGUUUAGAGCAGGUUUCCAGGGUGGAGGAAGAAGUGCAAAUUGUUAACUAGUUGAGAACCGGAGACAGAAUUGUAGGUGCAGUCUGGUGGGAGAGUAGCACAGAUCAGUAUAAGUUGGAACGUCUAACUAAGAGCAUGGGGUGGGCGAGAUGAAGUAGAAUUGGGCUUAUUGGGAAGGUGGCUGCAAUUGAGAAACUGGAGUGAAGGGGCUGCAGGUGUCUCCUCUAAUAACACAAACUGGUUCUAGAGGCAUAAUGGAAGAAAGAAGGCCGCUUCCAGCUAAAUGGAGGCGCUCAGACUAAUUAUGCACAGAAUUCAGGUCGGAAAUAUGCUACCAUCAGUGAAAGCAGGAGAAGCCAAAUGGGAGGGGAUGAUGGUGGCUGAUCUGGAGUACUCCUAGUGCAAUGAAUUAGCAGUCUUCUUGUAUUAUUGAUCUUCGCAGUGUUCUUUGGGGCAGUUAAUGUGCAAUGUUAUCAGCCAAUGUUACACAUGUUAUCAACCAAUGUUAACAUGCAUGAACUUUGUACAUGCGAAAUUUAAAAACUCAUUAUCCACAACUAUUCAGCAUACGUUAUGUCACCUAACGUACAUAGUUCAUAUUGUUGAUGAUGGUCUAUUGUAGGUUGUGAUUGACUGUAUGUUAGGUCUCAUAAUGUACUA